GUGAAUUUGUGACCGUCGUUGGGGUUACGGCUUCUGAUACUAAUUGUGGGUUUUCUCAAAUGUGUUUUUGGGUACAGGAAGGUGGAGGGGAAUUUGUAAGUGACAGAGACGUGGUGGGAGUGGGAGGAGUGUGAGGAAUCGAGCUAGAGUUAAAGGAUUUCGGGGUGAAGGAAGGUGCGAUUGAAGGCGUGCAUGAAAUUUUGACGCAGCGGGUUGAAUCGGAAGGAGUUUUCAGCAGCUGGAAAGUACCUUCGAGGGUUGAUUCAUCCAAAGUUUCCAUGUGAUAUGGCUUCAAAGUAUCCGCGAAAAUGUAGAGAGCACGCAUCACCUGGAGUUGGUGGCAGGGAAUCUACGCAUCGCUUUGAUUCAAGGUCGCAGUCGUAUUCGUUCUCGGAGAAACCUUACCACCGUCGUCGCCGGGAUGCGUUUCGUGAUAUGAUCAGCGAUUUGGUGCAUCAGCCUUCCGACACUGCCGUGCCUGGUUUCAGGGGAGUGCGCUAUCGUCAGAAACUGAACAAGUACGUGACAGAGAUUCGGCCCACGAGGUGCUCGAAGAAAAUUUGGCUUGGGACGUAUGACACUGCAGAGGAAGCAGCGCGUGCCUUUGACAUCGGAAAUUUGUGUUGUAAGAAAAACCUGCCGCUCAACUUUCCGGAUUCGACUCAGAUGUUGCAGAGAAUCUCGUCGAAAUUGACCCCCGAAGCGCAACGAAAAGCCAUCGCGACGCUGGCGAAGGACGUAGUGCGAAUGGAAAAUGACAGGUCGAAGUUGGGUGGCGGUAACCUGACUACCACAGAGCCCCCGGUCCAUUCCGAGCCUAUUACUCAACACCUUGCAGCAGCUGAGAUUCGCGCGGUCACGUACAUUGAACAGCCCCUGGAAAUUGUCUACGGAGUGGAAGAAUCGGCGACGGCCAUGUCGGUAACGGAAGCAAAUGCGCGCGAUAACCACUCUUGGAGUUGGGACUUGGGCAAAGUGAUCCUUGAUGACGAGCUCUCUGAAAUUCCUAACUUCGUCGGAGAACUAGAUCACGAGGCUAUGGAUUUCAGUAGUCAUGGAGAGGUUUACUACCACCAUUAUGACUCUCAGUGAGUCCUACAAGCAUAUUUUCAACUAGUCAACAUCCUCAGUAGAUUUAGUCCAUUACUUUCUGUGUCAGAGCCACGCCUGCGGCUUAGACCGGGAAAGCUUGUAUAAACUGUAAAUUGAGCUCUCGUAGACAUGAUGUAACACCCAAUCACCUGUAAACCCCCCAGCUUGAGAUCACAAGGAGUAGAAAACCUGAUAGCUUCAAGAGUUUCAACCAACUCUUUUUCUCUGUCCUGAUUAUUGCAGUGGCAAAACGCCCAUGGAACAAAGAAUCUUUGUUCUUCGUCCGGCAGUGCAUCCACAAUUUUGGGGCAAUCGCAAUUUUGAUACUCUCCCUAUAAAUCUACAAAUUUGGAACCAUUAGCGCGACCCUGCCCAGCAGCAGCAGUUCAUGCUGGUCUAAACCCACUUUCAGUCUCCUUCAUCAUCCCAAGCCCAAGUCUCAUAGCUCUACGGACCAAAGUUACGCCAGGGACAACAGGCUGAUGACUUCCAAGAGCCCUUAUCGAUUGGCACCUCGAUGUCGAUUCAUUACAUCCUGGGGUUGAAGAAGGUCCCAAGGGUUCGGUUGUUCGCCGAUGAAAGUGGCACGUGAGUUGGGUUUAGAACGUCAUUCCAUCUUGCCUGACAACGAUCUUCUGUGACGCGUAGAUUCGAAGCACCUCGUCCAGUGUCGGAGCUUCAGAAACAUCUAAUAAAACGAUGGAUUUCCUGCACGCGCUUCUGGCCCUUCUCAUUCCUUCUCUGCCCUGGAGCGUUUGCUGUAUGAACUUGACAUGGCUGGGAGCAGAAUUCGGCUGACUUGGCACUUUGCAUGGAGGGUUUUUUAGAAUGAGAGCGAAGAAAGACCACUAGCAACAGUUGUGGAGGUCUGCCUGAGAAUGAAGAGGCAUCUUUUAAGUUUCUUAUAAGUAAUUGAUUCGGCAUAA